CAAGUUGCAUGCGGCAGCGGGACCUUUUGUUGGUAGUUGUUGAAAGUAACCGCGAGUGCUUGUUGAGUGUCGAAAUGAAUCCGCUGAAGCCGCUGUGCGAUUUUGUGAAAGGUCAUUUCUUUUUGUCACCCAUGUUCCUUUUUAACACGCACGGUCUUAUUUUGUUUGUUUUUAUGCUUUUCUUUUUUUUUCCGGCAGGCUUGAGGUUCUUAAGGGCCCUAAGGUUGAUACAGUUCUCUGAGAUUUUACAAUUUUUGAAUAUACUCAAGACAAGCAACUCCAUCAAGCUGGUCAACUUGUGUUCCAUCUUCAUCAGCACAUGGCUCACGGCGGCCGGAUUCAUCCAUUUGGUGGAAAAUUCCGGGGAUCCUUGGGAGAACUUCGAGAAUUCUCAGGCGCUUUCCUACUGGGAAUGUGUGUACCUGCUGAUGGUCACCAUGUCCACGGUGGGCUACGGCGACGUUUACGCCAAAACCACCCUGGGCCGACUCUUUAUGGUCUUCUUCAUCCUUGGUGGUCUGGCCAUGUUUGCGAGCUACGUGCCUGAAAUCAUAGAGUUAAUAGGCAACCGCAAGAAAUACGGUGGUUCCUAUAGUGCUGUUAAUGGCAGAAAGCACAUUGUGGUGUGCGGCCACAUCACUCUGGAGAGCGUCUCCAACUUCCUGAAAGACUUCCUACACAAGGACAGGGAUGAUGUCAAUGUAGAAAUCGUUUUUCUCCAUAAUAUUUCUCCUAAUCUUGAGCUGGAAGCCUUGUUCAAACGCCACUUCACCCAGGUGGAGUUCUACCAGGGCUCCGUCCUCAACCCUCACGAUCUGGCCAGAGUCAAAAUUGAAUCAGCCGACGCCUGUUUGAUCCUCGCUAACAAAUACUGCGCCGAUCCUGAUGCUGAAGAUGCCUCCAACAUCAUGAGAGUAAUUUCCAUCAAGAACUACCACCCAAAGAUCCGCAUCAUUACUCAGAUGUUGCAGUAUCACAACAAGGCGCACCUGUUGAACAUCCCCAGCUGGAACUGGAAGGAAGGCGACGACGCCAUCUGCCUGGCUGAGCUGAAGCUGGGCUUCAUCGCUCAGAGCUGCCUGGCUCAAGGCCUGUCCACCAUGCUGGCCAACCUCUUCUCCAUGAGGUCCUUCAUCAAGAUCGAGGAGGACACGUGGCAGAAGUAUUACCUGGAGGGCGUCGCCAACGAGAUGUACACAGAGUACCUGUCAAGUGCCUUUGUGGGCCUGUCCUUUCCUGUCAUCUGCGAAUUGUGUUACGUGAAGCUGAAGCUGCUGCUGAUAGCCAUCGAGUACAAGUCUGAUCAGAGGGAGAGCAGCACGCUCAUCAACCCUGGCAACCACGUGAAGAUGCAGGAGGGGAUGUUGGGUUUCUUCAUUGCCAGCGACGCCAAAGAAGUCAAGAGGGCGUUGUUCUACUGCAAAGCGUGCCAUGAUGACGUCACCGAUCCCAAGCGCAUAAAGAAAUGCGGAUGUAAGAAAUCUAAGAACACUUAUAAUGGAUUCAUCAAAGCAAGUAAGUGUGCUUUUGCUUUUUUUUUUCUUCUCCCGUCACUGUUUUUCAAGGUUUCUCUUUGUCUCCCGAGAAAUUUGAAACAAUCAUGUGGCAACAUGGCCUGCACUAUCAACGCGCAUCGUGACAUGAAUGCAGCUGGAUCUUGUCUUCCAUAACUCAUCCUAUUUAUUGCAUUGAGUUGUUUUCAGCCUGUAGUACUUGUGCAUGGUCGUAUUGGAACACAUUUGAAUCGUUCAUCCUCACAUUUCAGUGCAUGCGGGGAGUUUGUUCAAAGAUAUUUUA